AUGCCUGCCGCCCCAGAAUCAAACCAUCCGCAAACGACCGAGGUGUCGAAAGAUGCAGCGACUACGACGGGUUUCAAGGCUCUGGCUUGGUUCGUCAACAAAGAAGAACAAAACGUGUCAAAACAUGGAACGGGUUGGUUUGGAAAAGCGCCCUGGCAUCGUAAAGACUCGGAACAGACCAUCAGCAGCAUCACAAGUUCCAUUCGAGAGGUGUUGGCCGGGAAAACACCACCGGCAACGCCUGAUCCCGACAGUUUUCACUAUCGCCAGUCCGACUAUGCAACUACCCCGUAUCCAGCUGGAGAAGCCACGCGCGUAAGGACUCCGCCUACACAUAAGACAGUCGACGGAAAGCCACGCGGGUUCUUCACCGAAAUGGUACCACCUAGGGGAGAUGGAGACACCUGGAAUCCGUCGCAACCUUACAGAUCGGCAAGCUUGAAGCGGUGCCAGCCGAGACGUGACGAUGAUCUCCCCAAGAAACCCAAAGAAUGGUGGGAUGCGAAGCAGCGGUCCCAGUCCAAAAGGAAAUUGGCGUCCUUGCCAAAGUUUGAAUUCGACAUACCGGAGCAUCUCCCAAACAGCCCAAUGUGCCCAGCCAACCCCAAACAUUCUUCAGGCGGCAGAGGGUUGUGUGUAUAUCACGGUCGGAGGAAGACAGGAUCUCUUCUCAAGGUUGAACAUAUUAUCGACGAGAGAUUGAGGGGUGACCAUGAAUCAGCCGGUCCAUGUCCAGACUGA